AAUCUUGUUUUAUUGGUACAACUACAAAUGCAAAUUUGUUAACUCUCUUUCACACUAGUGACCACAAUAACACAAACUCUUUUUUCUUUCUCUGUCACUAAACCACAAUAGCACUAUCAGCGACGCAAUGAAGCUUCAGAUCUCGCUCUGAUUCAAUCGGAAAAAAGAAGAGAAAGUUUUGAAGUGAUUCAUGGAAUCAAAGAGAUGAAGUUUUACAUAUCUGCGAAGGGAAUAAAGAGAGUCACGAUAUCAAACGGCGGUAAAGGAUCGGCAAAAGGAACAACCACGGCGGUAGGAACUCCGACUACAACUGGUGGCUCCGGUCGCCGGAUUUCACUCCGGACGGUUCUUCCGGUGGUGCUAGUGCUCGGGAUCGUUUUGCCGUUUAUUUUUGUAAGGGUUGCGAUCUUGGUUCUCGAAUCUGCUACUUUUUGCUCAUCAUUGGAAUCUGGAGAUAAGGUUGAGUUGAGCUGUUGAAGAAUGACCGGAUGAAGUUCUUAUAUCUUUAAUAUGUUUUCUAAAUUUAAGUGUGCUGGGUGGAGGUUUUUCAGUGGGGCUGACACGUCACUGAAACUCAGAGAUGAGCUGACCAGAGCACUAAUGGAAGCAAAUGAUGGUAAUGUUAAUGAUAAUGAAGGAGCAGGGUCAUUCAACGAACUUGUGAAAGAAAUGGUCUUAAAACAAGACCUCAAAGCUUUUGCUUUCAAGACCAAAGCCAUGUUAUCACAGAUGGAACACAAAGUGCAAACAGCAAGACAGCAGGAGUCAGUAUAUUGGCAUCUAGCUUCACAUGGUGUUCCCAAAAGUCUACAUUGUCUUUGUCUUAAGUUGGCUGAAGAAUAUGCUGUAAAUGCCAUGGCUCGAUCUCGCCUACCUUCUCCCGAAUUUGCUUCUCGCCUUGUUGACCCUACUUUUCAUCACCUAGUUCUCCUAACUGAUAAUGUUCUUGCUGCCUCUGUUGUUGUUACCUCUACAGUUGAAAAUUCAUUCAACCCUGAAAAAUUAGUUUUUCAUAUCGUUACCGACAAAAAAACUUAUGCUUCAAUGCAUGCUUGGUUUGCCACCAAUUAUAUUCAAUCAGCUGUUGUGGAAGUUAGAGGAUUACAUCAAUAUGAUUGGUCUGAAGAAAUGAAUGCUGCUGUUAAAGAGAUGCUUGAAACUAAUCAUUUAAUUUGGAAGCACUACUAUGAUAAAGGAAAGAACAUUGAUUAUAGUAAAUUGGAAGCUUUAAGGCCUAGUAGCCUUUCCUUGAUGAAUCAACUCCGCAUUUAUAUUCCCGAGCUUUUUCCAGAUCUCAAAAAGAUUGUAUUCUUGGAUGAUGAUGUUGUAGUACAACAUGACAUUUCUUCUUUAUGGGAAUUAGAUCUUAAUGGCAAAGUCAGUGGUGCAGUAUUCAAGUCAUGGUGUGAAGACAGCUGCUGUCCUGGAAGUAAAUACAUGAACUACUUGAACUUUUCACAUCCUCUCAUAUUUUCGAAUUUCGAUAGUGAACGGUGUGGAUGGAUCUAUGGCAUGAAAGUAUUAGAUCUUGAAGCUUGGCGGAGGACAAACAUAACAGAAACCUACCAGAAAUGGUUGAAACUUAACCUCAAUUAUGGGACAACAUUGUGGAAUCCAGGAAUGCUUCCACCUGCCUUGAUUGCAUUUGAUGGUCAAGUGCAUCCUAUAGAUUCAUCAAUGCUUGUGACGGAUUUAGGUUAUCGCUACAAAUCAAAAGAAAUUAGCAAACAGAAUCUAGAAGCUGCUGCUGUUAUCCAUUUCAGCGGCCCUGCAAAACCAUGGCUUGAAAUCGGUUUCCCUGAGUAUCGAAGUUUCUGGACUAGAUAUGUAAAUUUCUCUAAUAAGUUUAUCAGAAGAUGUAGAAUUGCAGAGUGAAGGAACAAAGUUCUUCCACUUCACAUAUUUAUGAUGAUUGAAUCUGUGACGCCGUACUGGAUUAGAGGGAAGAAGGUUCUGCCUUCAGUCUCUGAUUCAUACAUUCUGUAUAAUAAUCAUUAUACUCCACCAUGUUCAUAUAGAUAGUAAAUAGAUGAAGCUAUCAAGCAGUAUAUGCAAUUAAGAAAGAUAAAAGCAUCAUUGAUCUCGCCGUCUGACAAUACUGUAAAUUUGUUUUGGAAAUGGAGAAAUUGUUUCGAAUGUUUCGAAAUUUCAAAGAGACGGUUCUUAUGUCUCAUGUUGUAUAAAACAUUAGGCAAUCACUUAUAGACAGCUUUAGGUUUCAUCCUUUUGGUCUUACAAUGUACCUUUGUUGGAUCCAGCAAAUUUAAUCUGUAUCAUUGUUGCUUCACUUACACUUGUUAUUUCCUUCCUAUUAUGUGUAUGUGCUAAGAACACAAGAAAUAGUGAAAAAGUUUAACAAUUGGUGUACCAAUGUUUUUUAUA